UGUGUGCCGGCGCACCUGCCCAAGGAGCUCUCGGGACGGGACCAGGAGUACAGGGUUGGCAGAAGCCCCACUUCUUGUGACCUGCGGGUGUUGCUGGAGGCGACGGGCAUGAGAGUUCUUGCUGAGCACCCAGGGGUGUCCUGCGGGCCCUAGGCCAGUCGGAGGAGGACAGGAGGGCCCACUCUUCUUCCUGCUGUUAGCUUCCAGGAGAAUGAAAGAACCAGAGGGUCAUGCCACGCUCGGGAAGAUGGCUGCCUUUUACCAGUGCAUCAGGCCUGACCCCAGGGACCUGGACAUGAUUUCCACAAGGGUGAUGGACAUUAAGCUUCGGGAGGCCACAGAAGGCCUUGGGGAAGACAGCACAGGAAAGAAAAAAUCCAAAUUCAAAACUUUUAAGAAGUUUUUUGGGAAGAAGAAGAGGAAGGAAUCACCAUCGUCCACAGGAGGUAGCACCUGGAAACAAAGUCAGGCGAGAAGCGAGGUCAUUGCCAUCGAGUCAGGACCAGUGGGCUAUGACUCUGAGGAUGAACUGGAGGAGUCCAGGGGCACACUGGGCAGCCGGGCCCUCUCACACGACAGUAUUUUCAUCCCUGAGUCCGGACAGGACCCUGCUCGGCCUGUGCGGGUGUUUUCCCAAGAAAAUGUGUGUGAUCGGAUUAAAGCUCUGCAGUUAAAAAUACAAUGUAAUGUGAAAAUGGGACCACCGCCUCCUCCAGGGGGGCUUCCUGUCAAGCGGGGAGAGGAUGCUGGCAUGAGCUCUGAGGAUGACGGGCUUCCCAGGAGCCCCCCUGAGAUGUCCCUGCUGCAUGAUGUGGGUCCCAGCACGACCAUAAAGGUCUCUUUAGUGUCCUCAUCCCGGCCACUGUCUCCAGACCACACAAGUGAUACUGCUGUCUCCCCCCGGACCUCAGACAGCAGCCUGACCCCUGUGGCUGAUUUCAGUCAUCCUCCAGAAUUAUCCUGCCUGGACAACUCCGCAGCUAAGCACAAGCUCCUGGUCAAGCCCCGCAACCAGCGGUCCAGUAAAAUGAGGCGGCUGUCAUCGCGGGCACAGUCUGAGUCACUGAGUGAUCUGAUAUGCACCCUAGAGGAGGAGGAAUAUGAGGAGAAGCCAUUACUAGAAGUCAGCACAGAAGAGAGCCCUGCCUCUGGGCAGCAAGAUGUGGUGCUGGACAGAGGCCCUGAGCCUGGGCCACCUGCCACCUUGCUGCAGCCUGGAGGGGCCCGAGCCAGACGUGCCCGCCUGCAGCACUGCCCGGCACUCAGUGCCAGCGUCCUUGAGGAGGGGAGCUCCCCUGGGGAUGACCCCUCCAGCUCCCUGGCCACCCCAGAGGUCACUGAGCUGGUGUCAAUCCCGGUCCCCUGCUUGGAGUCCCCAUCUCUGCCAGAAGGCCCCCCACAACCCAGUCCUGACAGCGAAAUCCAGGAGGAGGAGCCACCCUCCGCAGGUCCCUGUCCCUCAGCGGUGAACACAGCUGAGGACGUGGUUUGUGCUUCUGGAGACGCGGUUUGUGCUUCUGGAGACGCGGUUUGUCCUUCUGGCGACGCAGUCUGUCCUGCAGAGACAGUCCGUGUUUCUGGAGAGGCGGUCUCUGUUUCUGGAGACGCAGUCUGUCCUUCUGGCGACGCAGUCUGUCCUGCAGAGACGGUCCGUGUUUCUGGAGAGGCGGUCCCUGUUUCUGGAGACGCAGUUUGUGCUGCUGGAGAGGCGACAAGCCCAUCAUCAACCGACGUCCCUGAAGGGAACACCACACCUCCCCACCCCACGCGGUUUGUGCUUCUGGAGACGCGGUUUGUCCUUCUGGCGACGCAGUCUGUCCUGCAGAGACAGUCCGUGUUUCUGGAGAGGCGGUCUCUGUUUCUGGAGACGCAGUCUGUCCUUCUGGCGACGCAGUCUGUCCUGCAGAGACGGUCCGUGUUUCUGGAGAGGCGGUCCCUGUUUCUGGAGACGCAGUCUGUCCUUCUGGCGACGCAGUCUGUCCUGCAGAGACGGUCCGUGUUUCUGGAGAGGCGGUCCCUGUUUCUGGAGACGCACGACCAAGGAAAGGGCAAGGCCCGGGCCCCCGAGCAGCCCAGCGCCAAGCCACCCCUGCCCAGGAAGCCGCUGCUGCAGAGCCUCACCCUCCCGCCGGCCCCCGCGCCCCCCGACGCCGGCCCAGGGGAGCCCGACGCCGGGAAGGAGAGUCGGAUGGCGGAGAAGAGGCCUUCGCGCAGGGGAGCUGAAAAGGGGCUGCAUCCAGCAGCACCAGCACCUGGAGCCGACGGGCAGCCUGCGCCACCCUGGCUCACCAUCGCUCGACAGAAGCGGCGAGGGGGCUCGAACCAGCCAUCCAACCAGGAAGACAAGCCUGGGGCACGGACCCUGAAGUCUGAACCAGGAAAGCAAGCCAAGGCACCCGAGAGAGCCCAGGAGCCUAUGAAGCAAACUGACUUUGUUCGCAGCAAGUCUUUCCUGAUAACCCCUGUCAAGCCCGCUGUGGACCGGAGGCAGGGGGCAAAGCUCAACCUCAAGGAGGGGCUGCAAAGAGGAAUCUCACUGUCCCAUCAGAACUUGGCUCAGUCUGCGGUGAUGACGGAGAAGGAAUUGCACCAGCUGAAAAGAGCCAGUUAUGCCAGUGUGGAUCAGCCCUCCUGGAUGGAACUUGCCAGAAAGAAAUCUCAAGCUUGGAGUGACAUGCCCCAAAUUAUAAAAUAGGUUGGCAGUGUGCUGAUAAAACACGCCCACUGCCUUGACAGGCCACUUUGUUAAAAACUGCCAGUAAAUCGUGGCAAACAAACUGUGAAACUUCAGAUUGAUUUUAUCAAGUUAUGAGGAGCUCAGGAAAGAGGAAGGAACAAGGCAAAACAAAGAGGAUAAACAUAAAGCCAUAAUCCUGGGCCAGAGGGGCCCAGAAACAAGAACAACAUUGAAAACGUACAGGAAUGAGUUCCUGUCCCCAAAGGUGUGAAUGUAAGUCUUUUAGAAUUCCCCUGAUUAAAAAGACCUCAGACAAGGAAGAAAACAGAAAAGAAAUUGGACACCCUGCAAGACCAGAAGAGAAACCAUUCGGCAGGAUGUCUGUGCUUCCACUUGAGAUCAGCCUAUGUCUCUGGUCGCUGUCUUGCUGUGGUUCCUGUCUUCUUUCAUGUUUACUAGUAGGCAUGACAUUCGUGGUAAAAGGGAGAUGCCAUUUCCAAGAGCAGCUAUGAAACAAUCUGUUUUCCUGAAGAUAGUCACUCUGAGGAGAGGAAGGAGCAUAGCAGGGUUCUUCAAUUCAGAGACUGUUUCCAAAAAUAAUUUUUAAAAUUUUCCACUAGGCAUCUGUGUCCUUAACUGUUGCACAAUGCAUUGCCUGUUUAAUAAAAGGUUUCAAACAUG